CUCCCCCACCCCUCUGUGGCCCACUGGAGGUUUAUUUCCUCUCAGCACUCUCCCGGGUGAAUCUGAUUUUUAUACUUUCCUCGCCCACACUGCUACGUACUCCUCCGGAUCCUCUCUUCCAGCGCCACCUCUCCCUUGCUUUCAUUACAAUGUUUUCAUGUGGAACUGACGAAAGGAGAUCGUUUUUGUUGAAGAUGUAUUAAAAGAAAAAUCUUAUAAGCCCUAUUAUAGUGGUGAUUAGUGUUGAAAAAAAAUGAAAAAAAAAAUAGCUUGGACCGAAAGCUGCUGGGGAGGAAGGCUGGAGCGCGUGGUGGGUGGACUCCUGGUCAGAAGUAGAGAAAGGAGAUUGUGGACAUUUAAUGUGUACCCGAACCUCUACGACAGUGCUUUAAGGACAUCGGCCUAAUAAUAAUGGAUCAAACAACGAUAGGAAUGAGAGCUGGUUGACUCAGUACACUAGGUUUCAGAAUCCCUCCGGUCUUAACCAAAACAGCGAGUUAGGAAGGAAGUGGGUUUCCUCGGUGGUUUUUCUUGGGUGCGGACCUAAGACUUCUCCCAGAGUGGUCGCAUAGGAAUAGGGGUGCGGGAGACUCUAGGGAAGGGGCCAAAAGCUGCCUGAUUGACAGCCCGAAAUCUGAUCUUGUGAAAGAGACGUGGAGCCAAUGGGAGGCAGCGAUCCAUCAGUUUGGAUUGGAGGCCCCUGGAGGAGAAGUAGAGGAAAAACCACCGAAUUCAGCUCUGUCAGAGGCGCUUUCGGCUUCCAAGGGGAAGUGCUGGGCAAUAAUUAAUGUUUUUAUUAAAUUUGGAGGGAAUUUUUUGCAGCCGUUCGCCUAGCGUGGCCUUCAGGUUGAUAGAAGUCCAGAUCCCGAGGAAAUCUGCAGCUAAAUGCUCAAAAUAUAAAACACUGAGCUAGUAUUUGAGAAGAGGAGCAGAAUGGAUGGAUUUUAUGACCAGCAAGUGCCUUACGUGGUCACCAACAGUCAGCGUGGGAGAAACUGUACCGAGAAACCAACAAAUGUCAGGAAAAGAAAAUUCAUUAACAGAGAUCUGGCUCAUGAUUCAGAAGAACUCUUUCAAGAUCUGAGUCAGUUACAAGAAACAUGGCUUGCUGAAGCUCAGGUACCUGACAAUGAUGAGCAGUUUGUGCCAGACUAUCAGGCCGAAAGUUUGGCUUUUCAUGGCCUACCACUGAAAAUCAAGAAAGAACCCCACAGCCCAUGUUCAGAACUCGGGUCUGCUUGCAGCCAAGAGCAGCCCUUUAAAUUCAGCUAUGGAGAAAAGUGCCUGUACAAUGUCAGUGCCUAUGAUCAGAAGCCACAAGUGGGAAUGAGGCCCUCCAAUCCCCCAACACCAUCCAGCACUCCAGUGUCCCCACUACAUCAUGCAUCUCCAAACACAGCUCAUACUCCGAAACCUGACCGGGCCUUCCCAGCUCACCUCCCGCCUUCCCAGUCCAUACCAGACAGCACCUACCCCAUGGACCACAGAUUUCGCCGCCAGCUUUCUGAACCCUGUAACUCUUUCCCUCCUUUGCCAACAAUGCCAAGGGAAGGGCGUCCUAUGUACCAACGCCAGAUGUCUGAGCCAAACAUCCCCUUCCCACCACAAGGCUUCAAGCAGGAGUACCACGACCCAGUCUAUGAACAUACCACCAUGGUUGGCGGUGCAGCCAGCCAAAGCUUUCCCCCUCCUUUGAUGAUCAAACAGGAACCCAGAGACUUUGCAUAUGAUUCAGAAGUGCCUAGCUGCCACUCCAUUUAUAUGAGGCAAGAAAGCUUCCUGGCUCAUCCAAGCAGAACAGAAGGCUGCAUGUUUGAGAAGGGUCCCAGGCAGUUCUAUGAUGACACCUGUGUCGUCCCGGAGAAGUUCGAUGGGGACAUUAAGCAAGAGCCAGGAAUGUACCGGGAAGGUCCCACGUACCAGAGGCGAGGAUCGCUUCAGCUCUGGCAGUUUCUGGUAGCUCUUCUGGAUGACCCUUCAAAUUCUCAUUUUAUUGCCUGGACUGGGCGAGGCAUGGAAUUUAAACUGAUUGAGCCUGAAGAGGUGGCCCGACGUUGGGGCAUUCAGAAGAACAGGCCAGCUAUGAACUAUGACAAACUUAGCCGUUCUCUCCGCUAUUAUUAUGAGAAGGGAAUCAUGCAAAAGGUGGCUGGAGAAAGAUAUGUCUACAAAUUUGUGUGUGACCCGGAAGCCCUUUUCUCCAUGGCCUUUCCGGAUAAUCAGCGCCCCCUGCUGAAGACGGACAUGGAACGUCACAUCAACGAAGAGGACACGGUGCCCCUGUCUCACUUUGAUGAGAGCAUGACCUACAUGCCAGAAGGGGGCUGCUGCAACCCCCACCCUUACAACGAAGGAUACGUGUACUAACCUAACAGUCAAGCAAGGCACCCCGUGCUUCGCCUUUUUUUUUUUUUCAAGAUACAGAGAAUCUCCGAAUUCUCUUACAAUGUUUGUUUUAUUUCUGUUGUUUGUAUUUUACUUUUUAAAUAAUAAUACAAAAGGGGGCUUUUCCUGUUGCAUUAUUCUAUGGUCUGCCAUGGACUGCGCACUUUAUUUGAGGGUGGGUGGGAAUAAUCUAGACAUUCAUUCUUUGUAACAGGAAGAUGGUGGGUGAACGGGCAGAGGGAGCUGAGGGAUUCCUUUUUACUUAGGCUUGGGAUGGGGUCCUACAGGUUUUCUGUAUGAUGAAGCUAUAUCAUGUUUGUUCGAUUUCUUAAUAACGUAAGAUAAUUUUCCCUGGGUAUCUACGGUACAGUUGAUUUCACGUUGUGUAAAUAUCUUCUUGGAGACCAUUUGCCUUGGGCAUUUCCCCAUCAGUACUGAGUCUCUGCAGGUGUACAAAAAAAAAAAAAAAAUCUACUGUAAAUGGCAGUUUCAUGUUAGAAAUGACUGUUUUUGCACCUCUUGUAAAAAAAAGAAAAAAGAAUAUUUAGCAAUUGCAUUUGUUGUUCUUUCUGUUUCAUACUGCUUUACAGAUGACUUGUAGAGAAUGACCAUAAAUGUGGGCAAUUCUCUCAGAAGUUGAGUAAUCCCCAUAACUGUAAAUGAGGGCCACAGUUUUGGACUCUGGCUCUAACUGAGUCACAGGCCAGUAGCAUUACAUGGAUCUGGUGUCAUCUUGCUGUUUUGGUACUACAAGUACUGUCUUUUAAAUAUGUUGAUGCCCAUUUCACUUAAAUAAUGACAUUCAUGAUCCUUUGGAAUCUUCAUGUAAGUGUUAAAGCUGGGAUCACAAUGAAGCAAAAAAGAAAAAAGAAAAAAAAAUGACCUGUCUCCUUUCACUAUCUUCAGUACAUAAAUACAUUAUUUAAUCAAUAAGAAUUAACUGUACUAAAUCACAUAUUAUGCUGUUCUAGUUACAGCCAUCACUCUUUAAGAAAAAUAUCCACUACACUAAAUAGGUACUAUAGUAAUUUUUAGACAUGGUACCAUUGAUAUGCAUCUAAAUGUUUCACUGCUGUGUUCUGUUGAUAACAUAUAUAAAUAUUAGAUAAUGCUAAUGCUUCUGCUGCUGUCUUUUCUGUAAUAUUCUCUUUCAUGCUGAAUUUACUAUGACCAUUUAUAAGCAAUGCAGUUAACUACAGAUAGCAUUUCAGGACAAAAUAGAUGAGUCAAACCAUUUAUUGCUUAAAAAAUAGCUUACACCACGGUUACGCUCUAAGCAGCUUUUAUGCACAUUGACAAAUGAAGAGUGAGCCUGGGCUUGCUAAAGGAAACUGUGGAAACUUUUGUAACUUUUGGUGAAAUGCAACAUUGUUUAUGGACUGUUAAAGAGUAUGAGGAAGUCGAUGUGUGACGUAAGUGCUGGCACUGAUGCUGUCCUUCAUCUCCUUUGGACACGCCUGUAAAUGUGAUUGGAUUGUACGGAAGAAAAAUUCAAACAUCUGAGAUUUCAAUGUUUCGGCCUUGUUUCCAUUUUGUUUGAUUGUUUGUUUGUUUUAUUGUACACUCUAAAACAACAGCAUUGAACAUGGGCCAUGUGGUUUCAUUCACUCUGAAAAUCAUAAGGAAAUGGUGUCUUAAGACCCCGCCCCCCCCAAGUAGCUGCUUACCAGAUCCAAGCAAAGAAAAUGAAUUGUGUUCACUCUGUUACUAUUCUGGAAGAACAACUUUCAUAAAGAAUCUACAGGAAAACGUUACUGCUUAGAAUACCCUUAAAGCCCAAGUAAAGGGAGCAUUUCAGCAGCACAAGAAGGAAAUUGAGAAGAUGAGCCCUCAGCAUCCUUUAGCCCAUGUUCUGCAGAUCACAGUUGUUUCUGUAACACAACAGUUCCUUCAUUCUCCACACGCACAAAUCGACACUAUCCACAUGCUCCAUAAAUAUUCUGAUCCCUGCAGAUCUCUUUUAUAAAUGAUUUCAUUGACUGUGCUGCAUGUGUUUCCCUUAGCCCUUCACGGGCUGAUAAGUAUGCCUUAAAAAUCAGGACAGCCACCAUGAUCAUGUGGCUACUUACAGCACUUGGAAUUAAAUGACUUUCUAAGUAACCAGUGAAAUAUUUAUCGGAUAGACACCCGAGAUAUAUGAUUGAGCUCUUGGUAAAAUAGAUAAAUUCUAAGUGUGUCUUUAAAUGUAAAUCAUAUAGAGGAGUCUUUUCUUUGUCUAUAGUUCUUCCCCCUGCCCUUUUAAUAUUCUUGUUCUAGUCAGUCAGAGAGAAAGAUUCAGACUCUAAGUUGUUCUAAAGGAUGAAAAGAAGAAAGAUGUUAAUUUUGAUGUAUAAGAACAAGUAUAUUUCUUGUUGCAAUAGGCAGUGUUUAAAUGGACUAUGUAAGUCAUCAGCUAGCAUUAAGUAUUCCUAAUAAUAAAAAUUUCAAAGUAUAAUAUCAUAUACUUUAGAAAAAUGAAAGGUUUUAUAUUCUGAUUUCUUUCUUUUUUUUUUCAGAUUGACUAAAAAUUCUAGUCACUGAUGUUUGCAAGAUUAUUGCAUUUUGUAUUUCAACUGCAUUGGAUACCAAGCAUAGAAAUUAGUGAAGCCAUCUUUUUCUUUUCAGGUUAUAAAAGAAAUGUAAAGCUAUAUCCACUAGUGUGUGCUAUCUCUAGUUGAAGAUGUGCAUAUACCCGACAACGUCAUAAAACAAAGAAUGUUACCUUCCAAAUAAGUUAUGAGAAAUUAUUUUCCUAGGGGUGCUUCAAAAUCAAAAUCCACAUAACUGAGUGUGUAGUAUUUCUUCAAGCCCCAGAAGCCUUGCUUCCUCUAGAUGCUAUAACAAACUGCUCAGACUUGAGUAACUAUACAAAUUUACAAUCUUGGAGGUCAGAAUUUCAAAGUCAGCCUUAAAGGGCUAAAACCAAGAUGCUAGGAACACCACCACCUUUUGAAGGCUCCAGUGAGGCCUUGUUUCUUCCAUUUUCUGGGGAUGUCAGUAUUUCUUCACUCCUACUAACAACAUUUCAAUUUUGCCUCCCUUUUUUCCUGCGGUCACAGAUCCUUCUAGAUUCCUGCAAGGACACUUUUUUUAGGGAUAAUUACACUUUUUUUAGGGAUAAUUUUAGGGAUAAUUACAGGUUAAUCUUCCCCUCUUGCCAUUCAUGCUUAUGUGCCAUUUGUCCCUUUGAACAGAGAAGCAUUCAUAGGUUCCUGGGUUUAUGAUGUGGCUAUGGGGAAAAUCUGGGAAAGGUUUCUUAUCCUGCUUUAUUCAGUUUCCCACACAGCCAAAGACCCCAGAGAGCAAAAUGCUAAUUGAUUAAUUCAUGGGCAAAAAGUUCUAAGAUUAGUAUGUGUGAAGGAGAAUUGUCAUUUAUCAUUCAGAUUACCUCCCCUUACUUUGCAUAAAUACCUUUUAAAAAACUCGGCAUGAAAAUUCUCCUAUUCCAGUAAAUCAUCUGGGUUAUCACAUCAAACCUUUAUAUGUUUUAAAUAUCCUUCCUCUCAUAGUUAAACAUGUUACGAUAGGAAAAAUAACCAACCUGUGAAAACUGCAAUAGCACCGCUAAAAUGAUGCUCGUGCCAUAUUACGUUUUCAAAAAGCAUUUGCUUCUUUAUCAUGAGUGAGUUCGUUCUCCAUGAUUGUCAGAUCUGCAAGUGAUAACUACUAAUUCACUAAGAAUAAUAAACAGAAUAUGCUCUUCUUAAUUAAAGGAACAAUCCUAAAACCUGACUCGAUUUCUUUUUAUAUUGCAGCAAAAAAAAUAUUUCUUGACUGAAAUCACAGUUUUUGAACUAGAUUAUAGACUUCUAAAUUGAAUCACGUUUUCAACCAUUCAGCCUUUCCAGAUUAUAUAAUGAUGAAACAUAUUGGAAAACAAAAACAGUUGAAUGCCAGUUGAGUCCUUAAUUUUCUUUCCUUUCCUUUUUUUUUUUUUUUAAUCUGAAACAAACAAGAGAUUUUCCAGGCACAGUUUGGCAUGGCGAAGAAACAUUAAAAGUGGGGGAAAAAAAGGGGGGGAAGAAUCAAUUUAUAGAAGGCAAUUGCAAGAAGCAUUUCGUAGAAGCCAAGUUCCUUAAAGAUGUUUAUGUUCCAUUUAAUACUAAAGAGAUAGGUGCUGCCCGGGAGGGUGGAGAGAGGAUGACUGCUUUGUGUUCUUCGGAAAGCUGACCACAUUUAGUGAGAACUGAACUGCUAUUUUUAGGACUUUAUUUUAUUUUCUUAACUGAGACUAACUUAGAACCUUUAAAAAAAAUAUGGAAAAGUAUAGUUAAGAAGGAAAAUCCGGCUAGACUAGUGGGUGCCUUUACAGAAAUAUUGAUGAUUUUGGAAUGUUCAAUGAAAAUGCAUAUAUAAUAGCUGUGGUUUAAGAAUCCAUAUAUAAGGUAGGUUUUCUUUUCACAUAUAAACUCCAAUACUCUUACUUAGUUCUAUUUGAAAAUUAAGUUACUAUGGGGAGGAAUUUCUUUUAAGUUUGCUUGGUUGUAUUAAAAUUAUAAUUACAGUUCGAGAAAACGUUAUGAAAUUCAUGUGGUGAUAGCAAAUUAAAUAUGCUCAAAAUUUAAGUCUAAAAUAAAAGCCCAGAAAUUGAAAAUAUUGGGUUGUCUUGAUCACUCAGAAUGGUGGCGCAUUCAGACCCUGUGAAUGGCAUCUCAGUGUUGCCAGCCUCUUAAUGAGCUAAAGUUUGAAUAAUUUAUGACUGAACUGUAAUAAUUCUGCACUGCAGUCCUUUCUCCUUCCUCUCAUUUUCUGAAGGAUUCAGAUAUCAUGAUACUUAAUACAUUUUUCCAGUUGUGUUCCAAUUUCUUUAGACAUAUUUCAUUAAAUCUCAAGAAAUGUGUUGAGGAGGAAUAAAAGCAGAAUUUGGGGACCCAACAAGAGCAUGUGGCUUGUCUAUACUGCCGCUACUGUGACUCGAUUUGUCUAAUGAGGUGACAAACUAGCAAAUGUCAUUGUGUUUGAGAUGUCAGGAGAUCACGAGUAGAUUCCUAACUUGGGCAUAGCUGUGUUCUUGAUUUAGCUUCUCGUGAUAAGAAUUCCUAUUGCAAUUAUGUUUUGCUGAACCCGUGUUUUGGUUGGUUGCUUGGUCUUACCUUUGGAACACUCUUUGUAGAAAAGCUAAGAAGUAAAUAAAGCACCAUUUAAAACAACAGCAUUGACAAAUGGAAA